AAAAUUUGUGAUUUUAUGAAAGAAACUUCAUUGCCCUGUAAGAAGCGUCUUUUGAUAUCUUAACUAUGGCUGGACUUUCAGAUGCACAAUGGAAUGACCUCUUGGCUUUCUUUGACAAAUUCAUUGCCCCUAAUUCUGCAGAACAUGGCAAACACAUUUUAAUUCGCAUGUUUGACAGUGACAGAGCAACUCAGAGCUUGUUUCCAAAGUUUAAGGAUGCCCCUGCUGCAGACUUGCCAAAGAAUGCUGAUGUGAAGAAACACGGUGGUGUUGUUGUUGAUUUCUUGGGAAAACUGCUGAAACAAAAAGGUCAUAAUGAAAGCAUGUUGCACACUAUGGCUGAGACCCAUAAGAACAAGCACAAGGUUUUACCAGAUUAUUUUCAACUGAUUUCCUCUGUCAUUGAUGUAUACGUCCAUGAAAAUUUGCCAGCAGAGUAUGCACCUGUCCGGGAUGCUAUGAACGCAGCUCUGAAGCAGAUUGCCAAUACUUUGAAAAGCAACUACGCCAAAGUAUAAGGACAGCAGCAUUGAUCUUGUUUGUACCUCUUCCAUAAGAGAAAGGCUUGCUCAUGAAAGCAUAUACCUUUGUAAUAAAAACAUUAAUUGCAAUGUAAUGAAAUCUUUAUAACAAAAAUUAAAAAACAUCUGCAUAUUGCUUUAGAACUGUACUAUAUUUAUGAAAGUAACUGACUGUGACUUUUUAACAGCACUGAUCUGCUUGCUUGAAUGAAAUAAUUAUUAACUGACACAUCAGUAUGUAGAAACUCUAUCAGACAAAAUGGCUACAUUGUACAGCAAAGAAGAAUUCUAGAUCUCAGACCUAAAGUCUACAUUAUUUGUGAGCAUGAAAUUUGAAAAACUAAUUUCACUUUCAAUUAAAGUAAAAGCACAGCAUAUACUUUAUGACCUAUUUAAGUUAGAUGAAAACUAUAUGGUUGUGUAGUUUUCUAAUGCGCAAUGGAGGACUGAUAUCAGAUAUGUUUGUUGUUACCUGCAUCAUACUUAAGUGUUUUGUUUAAACUCAUAUUGAUACCUUACUUCAGUGUUUAAAUUUCCCAGAACUUGUCACUGAAAGUUAUCACAUUUUAACAAACAGCACAAAAGUAACCUGCAAUGAUUAUCUAUACAUCAAGGCUUUUGAAUAACUGCUGCUGCAAAAAGUUACAACACUGCCAGUUCAUUAAUAAAGUAAUUCAAAAUGC